GGUCGUAGUAGUCGUAGUCGUCGUCGUCGUCGUCGUCCUCCUACUCUACAACCACCGCCGCCACCACGUUGAACACACCGCCACCAUCACCUCAUCGUCGGACAACGCCGAGCCCGUCCGUGCAGUUCGGUGCGCGCACCAGACGACCGCUCGCCGUGGUCGCAGAAGCACAAUCCUCGUGUGUCGUGCCAGCCAUCCGCAUCGUUCCGCUCCGCCGUCGCCAUAUUUUGCUGUUUCGCGCCCAUUUCCUCUCGAUCCCUGUUGCACCCGCGCCGCCUCCCAUCGCCCAUCAGUGACGACGUUUUUCCGAGUUUUUUUUACGCCUGACAGAUUCAUUAGUAAACAUACAUACAUACGCACGCACGCGUGCGCGUACGAGACUGCAGUGCCGCGCGUUUCGAUUUUUAUUUUUGUUAUUUGAUUUCGUUUUACGCCCCGACAACUGCGCGAGAAAACCGUUUGUCGACAAGCACAGUGGUGCGUACGCCUACCUACCCGUAUCCAAGUCGUCGUCUUGUAUGACGUGAUAGCCGAUUGCUGAGAUGAUGCAGGACGACGACGACGACGACCGCGGUCGACGUCGAAAUCAUCCCCGUCACUGAAGGACCCACAUGAAGUUGCAGAUAUUAUGUGGGCGCGCGAAAUGUAGGCGUCGGGCGAGCUAGCAUGCGGAGCGCCAGCACAGUGAGCGGCCCUCUACUGUCUGUUUCAACGCCUGCCAGCCAACAAAACCGGUUCGCUGCCGUCCACCUGCUCACUGGCCAAUUAUUGUAUUUCAUUGUCGAGGGCAAAUCUCGGGUGAAAGAAGUAUAUUCCCAGCUGACGACUUACAUGAUUGCCCAAGGAAUGCAAGACGUCGAAUUGUUUGCACUGGCAUUUAUUCUAGACGAAGAAUAUUUUUUCACUGACCCCGAAAGUAAACUGUCCAAGUAUUCGCCAAAAAGUUGGAAAUCCUCUUCGACAUUUGGUCUCGAUCAAAACGGCCAACCUCUACUCCAGUUGCAUUUACGCGUCAAGUUCUACGUCGACACUACUAAAUCUCUACGAGAUGACAUCACCCGGCAACACUAUUAUCUUCAGCUGCGCAAAAAUAUUGCGGACAGGGGCGGCACCACGGAGGACGGAGACCAGAACGUACUGCCGCUGGUGGCACUUGGCCUACAGGCAGACCUCGGCGAUCACACUUCUGACACAGAUAUAUCGUCCGAGCUGCUCGAGCAGUACCUCCCGUCAAAGGUGUAUAAGAUUAACGAGCACAAGGUAAAACAGACGUUGUGCACUUUGCACAAGGGCCAUAAAGGAAUGUCCAAGACUUGUGCACAAACAAUGUUCGUCCAGGAGGCUGGUCUGGUGCACAAGUCACAUCUAUACCGGUUGCGGUUGAACAAGUCGCAGCCGAAACAUACACAGGGAAGCGCGCUGUCCAUAUGCAAUAGCGUAUGGCUGGCUAUUUGUACCAAUGGCAUACAGUUGUUUCACGAAAGCUUGUCACAAGCCCUCAGUUGUUUGUUCUUGUGGAAUAACAUCGUCAAGCUGUGUUUCGACCGUAAAAAAUUCGAACUAAGACCGUCGAACGCUGAUCGACUGGUGUACUACACAAAUUCGGACGAAAAGAGCAAGAGGCUGUUAGCACUGUGUCGAGAUACGCAUCAAUUUUGUAUGACAGUACACCCGAGGCUUUUGGACACGUUUUUGAACAACAACACAUCUGAUAAGAAUGCGUUCGAUGGGCUGAAAUGGACUAAUGAGAAAAAAUCAAAAUCUAUAAACGACGAUGACGCCAUCGAAAAGAAAAAAUGCGAGAAUGGCGGUUGCUCCGAUUCCAGUAUUUCGACGGCCGACCCGAAGACCUCUAUUCCCAAGGACAAGGUGCCGAACGGGAGCAUAUCGUCCAGUGUGGAACUGGGAUACAGCCACACGGCGCAGAACUCGACCGUGUCCGAGUUGGACUACUCGGUGCAGUCGGCGCAGGACAGCAGCGACGCGUACCUGAUGUACAGGCACCCGAGGGCCAGGGCGGCGUACGUGGACAACAGCAACCAAUCGGCGAACACCAGCAGCGGCGUGUACACGUGCGCCAGCUACAGCACCGCGUCGAAGGAUAUAUCCGCGUCGUACACGACCGAUAACUGCAGCUGCAGCGUGGACUGCAAUCACGGCGGCAACAGCAACAGCAGCAGUGCAACCGCCGCCGCGUUGCCUCCGUUACCGCCGCACUUGAAAUACGCGUCCAAUCAAAACCUCUUGUUCCCGGCCACCGUGGCCGCGGCCGCCGACUACGCGGCGCAACACCAUCACCACCGGCAUCACCGACUACAGCCGUUACCACUGCCACUGCCCGUCCGGACGUACUCGCACGACGAUCUGCUGGCGGCCACCACGUCGUCGGCGCCGGCCGUGCCCCCCAAAGUGCAGCUGUUCCGCCGCCGACCACCACCGCCGCCGCCGCCCGUAGCCGGACUCCAGAAACCCGCGGCCGUCGUCCACCCGCGUCGCACAGCGGCCGUGGACGCUUCCACCUCCACCAGCACUGCCGCCGCCGCCACCACUCCGGCGGCGGCAUCGUUCACGACGGUGUUGGACAUCGAAUCGUUGCGGGAAAAGAGUCGCAACCUGGACCUGCCGCUCAUAUCGGCUCUGUGCAACGACCAGACGCUGCUCAAACAGACCAACGCUCUGGUCACCGAAAACAAAGCCACUCAGACGGUGAGCACCGUGUCGUCAUCACUCGCCGCCGCGGCCGCUGCGUCGUCUUCGCACCAACCGCCGCCGCCGCCGAUUCCGUCGUCUUCCGAGCAGGCGCAAUCGUCGUCGCAAGGUGGCGGCGUCGCGUCUGCCAACAAGCCGAAUUGCACGAGGUGCACAAACGGCGCGUCGUCGUAUUCGUCGCCACCGCCGCCGAGUUUCUUGUCGGUUUCUGCGUCGCCGUCGUCGUCUGUUGUAACCGCCGCCGCCACCGUCGUAAAGACGGCCAAAUCAAAAACCAACCACGUUAAAACCAACACAAACAUUGUUUAGUACUUGUCUAGUAGAAAAACAGACAAAAAUUUAUGUCACGCAAUUACGAAACAUGUUUUUCCAUAGUAUAUUAUAUAAUACAUAAGCGGGAAGAAGGGUGUCGAGUAAGACUGUUUUUAGGGAAAAGGAAGAAACCCUGAAAAUAUUACCAAUCGUUAGUGAAUCGUAGAGGGGGGAGGGGAGAAAAUUAUUGCAGAUAUUGUCUUAAAAGUCUUUCGGUUUCAAAAAAUUAACAUAAUAUCCAUUUAAGAAUUCGAGAAAAACGUCUUUUGUUUUGACAAAUGCGAAUAUUUUGAUUUUGUGUUUGUAAUAAUUCGGAAAUGAGGGAUUUGUCCAGAAUUAGAUUAUACGCCAUAUUUUAUCGUUGCGAUUUGCCAAUUAUCAAAAUAUAAUAUAAUACUAUAGGAACUAAAAUUGUGCUUACCCCCUUUCUUUGAAUUUUACUUGAACAUCCUUCGCGCUCGUAAUUUAGUAUCGUUACCUUAUAAUAUUUAUUUAUUUGUGCCAAUUUUAUUUUUACGUACGUGUACUACGAAUGGUAACAUGAUUUUUUUUUAACACUCGUUACACAACUCGCAAUGAUUAUGCCAAUUUUUAACAUGUAAUAUGAAAAACAAAGUGUAUCAGACUUGUAUUAAUUCGGAGCAUAAGACACUUAAUGUUUUACCAUUUCUCUGGUCAUUAUGCUUCGGUAAAUUUAUUAUGGUAUAAUGGUACUCAAAAUUAGGAUUACCAUAAAAUAUGUCAUAACUAAAGUCGAGUUCAUAACUUCGUCGCCUGUAAUAAAUGAUACCACGGUUAAAAUGGUCAAUGAAAUACGGUUCAAGGAACACGACACGCAAUCUAUGUAGCUAUGAACCGGGUUCGACUUUAUUUCGUAAUUGUUUUCCGCGAAUUUCGUUGUAUUAAAUGUACUGAUUUUACAAUAUUAUGCUGAUAAUAUA